AAGCAGAUAUUUUAAUUUACAGCCUGGGAAUAUUAAGACGAGCUAACAAAAAUGGAGCAGGAUUAUUCCAAACAAACGCCGCGUGACUUUUGUGACAGUGACGGCGUUUGUACCUCCUCCUUAAAGGAAAUUUCAUUGAUAGAAACUGUGACCAGUUUCCUAGAAGAAAACGGAGCUGCAAACGUCGAUCCAAGGGUUUUAAAAGACUUAGCCGAGGCGCUGUCGAAACGUAUCAGCAUAGACGACACAAGUCCCGGCGGUAUUCACGAUGUAACCAUGGAAAAUUCAUAUACCAGCUUCGAUGCAGCGCGUGCACCGGGAGGUAUUCAUUCGCCGAUGCAGGGUCGGUCCGUGCGCGAGCUAGAGGAGCAGAUGUCGACACUGCGCAAGGAGAACUUCAAUUUGAAGCUGCGAAUUUACUUUAUGGAGGAGGGUCAGCAUGGCGCACGUGGCGGCAAAAAUGCCGCCGAAUCCCCCUCUAAGCAGCUCAUAGAUUCUAAAAUUGAAAUCGAAAUACUACGGAAGCGAGUGGAAGAGAAGACCGAACUCUUAAAGGAUGCGGCUCGAGCUAUAUCACAGCACGAGGAGAUGCAAAAGAAGGCUGACAUGGAGAGUCAGGCGAUGAUUGAGCAAAUGCAGCAAUACAUAAAUCAGUUAGAGGCAGCCGCCACGCAGAAGGCAACCAAAAAGUCAAUUGAUACGCUGAAUGCUGAAAAAUUGAAGACUUUGGAAGCAGAGGUGCUUAAGUUGGAGAACGAACUGCUCGAAGCCGAUUUGCGGGAGACGGAGUCUAGGCGUCAACAGGAGCUCUUGACAAAUGAUCUAGCCGAACGCCAGGAGACGCUGGUCGCAUGCGAAGCCAAGAUUGAGGAGCUGGCAAUUAAAAAUGCCAAAUUGGUUGAGCAGAUUGAAAAGCAGACGGAAAUUGAGCAGCUAGCAAAUCCCCAUCAAGAGCUGCGCACACAAUUGGCCGACAAGAUCUGCGAGUUGCAGGACGCCGAGGAGAAACUGGUUGAAAGGGAGCGAGUGCACGAACAGGCCUGUCGCACCAUUCAGAAGCUGAUGCAAAAACUCAGCAGCCAGGAGAAGGAAAUCAACCGAAUGAAACAGCAGCAGCAGCAGGCGCAUACGAGUAAAUCAAGCGCGGAGUCCUCGCCCGGCAAACGGUUGCAUUCGCUGAGCGACAGCGAGUCCUGUGCCGUAGACAUUUCGCGCAGCCUGAAGCAGCGCUAUGAAAAACAAAUUGCGGAUCAGGAUGAGCUAAUCAAGCAGCUGCAGGCGGAUGUUAAAAAGAAGACGGCCAAUUUGCAGAAUCUCGUCAACAAGGAGCUGUGGGAAAAGAAUCGCGAAGUUGAGCGCCUGACCAAGUUGGUGAGCAGCAGUCAGCAGCAACAGUCCGUGGAACACUCAGGCGAUGAUUCCACAGUUGGCGCCGAUUCCCAGCAAUCCUUUUCGGAGGCAGAAUUCGCUAAAGCUCUCAAACGCAACAAAUUGCUUCAGCGCAAGGUUGAUGUGCUGCUACAACGUCUGGAUGGUGCGCAGCAGGACAGCGAACUUAUUGGACAGCUGCGUCAGGAGCUACAAACCAUGAAGUUGGAUGUGGAGAAUGCCAACAAGUGGCGUCUGGAGUGUGCGGACGUAUGCAGCGUGCUGACCAAUCGUUUGGAAGAGCUAGCUGGCUUCCUCAAUUCGCUGCUCAAGCACAAGGAUGUGCUGGGCGUGUUGGCAGCGGAUCGUCGGCAUGCUAUGCGCCGCGCGGUGGAUCGCAGCUUAGACUUGUCCAAGAGCUUGAAUAUGACACUGUCCAUAACUGGUGUUUCCCUUGCUGAUCAGAGUCUAGCGCAACUUAGCAAACUCUCGGAAAUAUUGUACACUGAGGCGGAUGAGUGCAAUCAUACGUACAAUUCGCACGAGGAUCUACAGGGAGCAAAGACGGAGAACAAGGCGUUGAAAUCAGAGCGAAAAGAACGACGCUCGCUGCCCCUGCCGCAACAACAGCCAGAUAAUCAAAGCGAAUCGGAAGCCUGGUCCGAGCCCGAUCGUAAGGUAUCUUUGGCGCGCAUCGGUCUGGAAGACACAUCGAACAGCAUGGUGGGCGAGCAACAUCUGAGCGAAUCGGAUAGUGAGGGUCACGCAUGUUCGGCCAAUACGCUUAAGCAGGAGCGCAGUCGCCACAGCGAACGCAUCAGCCAGCUGGAGGCGCUAAUAGCCCAGCGAGAUGAGCGCAUACUGCAGGCCCAAUGUCAACUGGUGGACGCGGACAACCGCUUCAAGCAGGAGCAGCUGCGUGUCAUUGAAUUAACUCAACAGCUGGAACAGCUGCGUGCACAAAACGAGACGCUGCACGCGGAUCUGCGUGCGAUUGGCAGCCAAGAGGAUCAGGAAAUUGCCGAGUUGCAAUCUCGAAUUGAACUCAAGACGCAGCAGUUGGAACAGCUGCAAAUGAUGCACAAUACGCUGCAGGCGGAUGCACAAAUCUCAGAGCUUGAGCUGCAGGAAGCGCAAAAGAAAAUACUGGAAAUGGAAAAUGAAUAUAAGACAGCGCUCGCUGAAGCACGCAACGAGCUGGCGCAAUUCAAGUUGGAGGCGUCACAACGUUUCGAGGCACAGCAGCGUCUGCAUCAGGAGGCAUUGGAACGCGACUGGAUUGCGGUGUCCAAGCAUGAGGAGCUUAAGUGCCAGCUGCUCGACGUGCAACGUUCGCUGGAGUUCUAUCAGGACAACGAAAAGGAGCUGAAGCAGACGCUCGUUGAAAAUGAGUUGGCAGCGCGUUCGCUUAAAAAAGAAUUGGAUGAAAGCACGCUGCAGGCUUCCAAGGCUAUCAUGGAGCGCACCAAGGCCUACAAUGACAAAUUGCAGCUGGAGAAACGGCUGGAAGAGCUUAAGGUUCAAUUAGUACAGCUGCAGGAGGAGCAACGGCAGCAUCAGUGCCCACAGCCCAGCGAUGUCUCCCAGUCCGGCUACACGUCCGAGGAGGUGCCGCUGCGUGUGGCUCACCAGAGAGCCGGCCGCAUUAAUAAUCCCUCGCCGGAUCUGGGCAUAGAGAGUGAUACUGGUCGUGUCCUGAGCGUCGAGCUAUCCAAUGCGCAGCGCACCUUGCUUAAGACGGUGGAGCUAGGUGAGCAUAAUUCGCAGCAAGCCGCUGAUAUUUUGGACGAGAAGGAGGCAGACCUUUCACCCGACACAGAGGCUGUUGCAUCGAGUACUGGGGAGCUGCCGCCCAUCCACGACUGCGCCAAGGUAGAGCAAGAAAAUGCCGAUUUACGGCGUAAACUAAUACGCACCAAGCGCGCAUUUGAAGACACCUAUGAAAAGUUACGUGUGGUUAACAAAGCUAAAGCACAAGUCGAGAAGGACAUUAAAAAUCAAAUACUUAAGACGCACAAUGUACUGCGAAAUGUUCGCUCGAAUAUGGAGAAUGUGUUAUAACAAUUGAUUUGAUUUGAUUUGAUUAUCAUUUUCGAGUGGGCUCACAAAUACCAUUGAUUUCUUACAAUUUCCUCUUUCAUUUUUACUAAUUUUCUUGUUUCUUUUAAAUGUUCUUGUAAAUGUCUGUAUAUAAGGCACGAAAGCAACGAGUUAUUAAUACUUGCAUUUUUUCAAAAGACUGUGUAUAAUAAAAAUAUAUAUAAUGUAUAUGUAACAAAAUGCAAGUUUCCACCAACUGCACCUAACUGGUAUUAAGUUAACCAGACACACAUACACACAUUCGUUCAUAUUGAAUGACCUUAAAAUACAUAGUUAAUUAAGAGCAUUACUAACCGAUUCUGAACAGUAUCAUAAACACAUAUAGCUCGCUAGAAAUAACCCUUGGAUAACCCUGAUGCCGAAUGCCAUUUCUUGCCAUAUCAAACUAAAUGUUCUGUAACAAAUAAAAGACUAAACAUAAUAUUUUGCUUGAAUUAAUAUUAAUCUCUUUUUUAUCC